AGUAAUGUGUGUGUGCGUGGUGUAUGUGUGUGUCUCGCAUGUGAGAGUGAGAGUGUGAGAGAGUUUGCAGUGUGGCUGGAAAAAAGCUCCCGGCUCGGACACUGUCACCGCUUUGCACCGCAGCGGAGCUCCGUGUUCCUACAUGCAAGUUACCGUCGCGACUCCACAACCGUUGGCCAGCGAUGACUGAAAGCCCCGCGACCAAGCCAGCCGAUGGGGAAGUGUGUCAGCGAGCGAAGAACGGAUUGAAGCCAGAGAGAAACGGCUUGGUGAAGAGCCUACACAGCUGCCACGAGCAGCAGCACAAGCACCACUGCCACCCCGAGGAGGAGGAGAUCCACACAGCCUCCCAUCAUGGCAGCCUGUACAGUCGGCCCUUCAUUGAGUCUUUCGAGGAGACGCCCAUGCUGGUGGCAGUACUCACCUACAUGGGCUAUGGCAUCCUGACCAUCUUCGGCUACCUCCGUGACUUUCUCCGUCACUGGAAGAUCGAAAGGUGCUACAUCGCCAGGGAGAAGGAGGAGCAAAAAGACUUUGUUCCCCUCUACCAGGAUUUUGAGAACUUUUACACCCGAAACCUCUACAUGCGAAUCAGAGACAACUGGAACAGGCCCAUAUGCAGCGUCCCUGGGGCCAAAAUGGACCUUAUGGAACGGGUGUCCCAUGACUACAACUGGACCUUUGAGUACACCGGCCGGGUAGUGCAGGAUGUGAUUAACUUGGGCUCGUAUAAUUAUCUCGGCUUCGCUGAGAAUACGGGUUCAUGUGCUGAGUCUGCAGCCGAGGUCACCAUGAAGUACGGCGUCGGAGUUGCGAGCACCAGGCAGGAGACUGGUAACCUGGACAGACACGAGGAGAUGGAAAAACUGGUCGCUAAGUUCCUUGGUGUGGAGUCAGCCAUGGCGUUUGGGAUGGGGUUUGCAACCAACUCCAUGAACAUACCAGCACUGACAGGCAAGGGCUGUCUGAUUCUGAGUGAUGAACUGAACCAUGCCUCUCUGGUCCUGGGAGCCAGACUCUCUGGGUCCACCAUCAGAGUCUUCAAACACAACAAUAUGCAGAGUCUUGAGAAACUGCUGAGAGAAGCCAUAGUUCACGGCCAGCCCAGGACUCACAGACCAUGGAAGAAGGUCCUUAUAGUGGUAGAGGGCAUUUACAGCAUGGAGGGAAGUAUAGUCCGCCUGCCAGAAGUCAUAGCCCUAAAGAAGCGCUACCGGGCUUACCUCUACCUAGACGAGGCCCACAGCAUAGGGGCUCUGGGGCCGAGAGGGAGAGGUGUGGUCGAUUACUUCGGCCUAGAUCCCUGUGAUGUGGAUGUCAUGAUGGGCACAUUUACCAAGAGCUUUGGCGCUGCAGGGGGAUACAUCGCAGGGAAAUGGGAGCUCAUUGAGUACCUGCGCUCCCAUUCCCACAGUGCGGUCUACGCCACCUCCAUGUCUCCUCCUGUGGUGGAGCAAAUCAUCACUUCUAUGAAGUGCAUUAUGGGAGAAGAUGGCACAAAAAUAGGCAGUGAACGCGUGCGACAGCUGGCGGAGAGCACGGUCUAUUUCCGCAAGAGGCUUCGAGAAAUGGGCUUCAUCAUCUACGGCAACGACGACUCUCCUGUCGUACCCAUGAUGCUCUACAUGCCUGCCAAGAUAGGAGCGUUCGGGAGGGAGAUGCUGAAGAGGAACAUCGGGGUGGUGGUCGUGGGCUUCCCCGCCACGCCCAUCAUCGAGUCCCGGGCACGCUUCUGCAUCUCAGCAGCCCACACGAAAGAGAUGCUCGACAGGGCUCUGAGUGUCAUCAGUGAGGUAGGAGACCUCCUUCAGCUCAAGUACUCCCGACACAGAAUACAGCCGUCUUUGGCGCGGCCCGUUGACGAUAAUGUGUUUGAGGACAUUGACGACUGAUGAACCACUCCUCCCCUGAAGUGGUGUGAACCUGAACAGCCCCAGAAAAUAUAGAACGGGUCAAGACGGAUAACAAGUCUUCCACAAGGACCGAGAUGUGCACAGGUGCCCCUUGUCACUAGCUUGCCAUAACAUAACCCCCCGCCCACAACAAAAGGAAAACACUUAAAACUGUCAUUUAAUUCUACUUUGCCUUACCUAAACAUGCAGAACUAGUGGUGAACGCACUGAAAAACAGCACGUCUGCUUUUUAGUGUGUACUUUUUAUUUCUUUUUUUUUUCUUUUAAUCAUUUUGUGUCAGAGAAUUUUUUUCAUUUGGGUGUGUGUGUGUGUGAACGUUGGUAAUGCUUAUAGACUUCAUCAUGUUAAACCUUGUUGUUACGUAUGUGACAUGGACAGAUGUCAGCUUUCCAAAUGCCUCUGAAAUUGUGAGAUUUUGGGAUAUUUUUCACGUUAUGAAAUAUUUUCAUAUUAUCUAAAGUGAACUUGAUAAAGUUGGAUUGCUUUUAAUCAUUCAAAAUUAAAUGAUGAAAAACCAUAUCAUCUUUAAUUCAGAGCAGUUCAGAUCAGUCAUUGGUGCCAUAGACUAAAAACAGAAAGCACUGGAUGUCGCAUUGUUUGCACAGGACCGUACAAGUCCCUGUUACUUUAGCUCCAAGUUGCAGAGUCUGUUUUUUAGAACAUAUUACACAAAAUGAAAUGGGCUUGGCUGAAAUAGACAGGCCGUCCCUAGUCUGAGGAUUAGAUAAUUAAAUGAUUCAGAUCUGGAACUCCUGCCAUUAGACAAUUUAUGUUGUUUUGUCCGUGACCAUUUGACCUUGUUCAUAUUCUGGUGGCAGAAGGUCCAACUUCCUAGAACUUCCAUUCUUUUGAGACUUGUUUUUUGGUGGCAGUGUUCACUCUAUUAGGUGCCUUUUAGUUUUGCUGAUUUUUGCUGAUAUUUUUUAUGUUAAACUUUACCUAAUCUUUCUUUUUUUUUUUUUUUUUUUGGUAAACAAGACCAGUCUACAACACCAACAACACCUACAACCAAACUGCUCCUUAAACGUCACUUGACCAAACAUUUCCAAUCCAAUCACCAUUUUGACAACAUUAAAUUGCUGUCAUUCCAUUCUUAGCUCUUUAGGCAUGCCAAAAAUAUAGAACUUCAGAAAAAUACACAUAUCCACUUUCUUUCCAAAGGUACUUGACAAAAUCAAUACUGCUCUCAAGUCUGUGUGCUAAAAAUGGAGCUAAAAAAAGCUGACUAGCUUAAGUAGCCCGAAGAAAGAUAGUUCCAGCUCUUAACUCCCUGUAAAACCAUCAAACAGUUGCUUUUACGUUUUGAUUUUUGUAUCAGUUAAACAAACAUCUAACAUGUCACUUAGUAAAAUUUUAAGGUGCUAGUACACAGAUUUAACAGAGCCAAGCUAGCUGUUUCCCCUUUUUUCCCCACUCUUUCAGCUAAGCUAAAUUAAACGCUUGCUUUCUCUUGCUUCAUAUUUAGCAUACAAACAAGAGUGUGGAAUAGCCUACAUUUUUUUCAACUAAGUCUUAACAAGAAAACCAAUAAGCAUAUUUCUCAAAACGUCAAAACAUUGCUGUAAUUUUGGGACCAGUUAAUGCUAGCUACAUUAAGCUAAUUCACUUUGUGGCAAAGUGGAAAUGGAUCCAAAGCACUAGCAUACAUGUCUUUAGCCGUGUUAUCCGCACUCAGAGAAAAGGUUUAUUCUGCAUAGCUAAUACAGCAUUUAAAAAAAUAAAGUUUCUCUGGCAGCUCUACAAGCAAAGGUUGAUAUCAUUUUUAUCUGUAUCCAUUCUAAAUGGAAAAAGUAAAACAGCUAUUCUGCUUUCUAACAAAUAUUUUGUUGUGUCUUUUGUCACCUUUAAAUGAGUAAUUUUGCUAAUUUUGUCAUUGGCAUUUUAGCUAAUAGUAUUUUUGCAUUUUAAAGUGAAAUCAUUCAACAGAAUUGUAGCUGAUAUAUAUCCCACUGCAACAAACUUAUGGAAUAUAACUAGUAGUACAAAAGUAGUUUACAGUAGAGCUUAUAUAUGUGCUGUCAGCAAAAAGUUGGUAUUUUAAUCGACCAAUGAAAAUGCAAGUUUUUUUUAAUGAGAACUUAAACAUUCAGACUCAUAGUCACUUACAGCCACUGGAAAAAUGGAAAGAAAUGUCAGUUGAAACUUGAAUGGGGAAUUUGAUUCCAGAGCAUCUGUAACGCAUGAUUUUGACUGGCCUGUUCUUCCCACAUCAAUGUUACAUGUCACCAUCACCGGCAUUAUUGUUAUUUUUUGUUGACUGACCAUUUUAGUUCAUGUGUUUGUGUAAGCUGAUUUAAUUCACGUGUUUGUGUAGACUGAUUUAGUUCACGUGUUUGUACCAUUUAAAGUCUUACAGAUUCAUUUUUACUGAAAGGCCAAUACCUGUCCAGUGUAAUGCAAGUGUAAGCUGCUGUUCUCUAUGUGCAGAGGGUCAGUUUAGUCAGUUCAGGAAUAAAGAAAAACAAAAACAAUAAAUUAUAUUUAUAUAUUCAUAUCUCCAGGCCUGACAGGAGAAUAUUUAAAUUAUUAAGACUAAACUAGUCUGGAUGUAAUUCAGCAUUGUUGGUAAGUUCCUUCAUUCUCACUCAUCUCUUGGGUGCUUAUUAGUAAUGAGAUCAUUGCUUUGUGUCUGAUAAUGUUGUUUUAAUGCCUUGUAAAACAAAGUGCUAUCUCUGUGCUGUGACUCAAAAGUCAUAAAUAACUUUAAUCAAUCUCUUGUGAGAGGAGAUGUUUGUGUGUGUGUGUGUGUGUGUGUGUGUGUGUGUGUGUGUGUGUGUGUGUGUGUGUGUGUGUGUGUGUGUGUGUGUGUGUGUGUGUGUGAUUGCUGGCAUGGUUUUGGGUAAUAAUGUAUGUGUUGCUUCACUUUUGCUUUGCUUUUCUUCCAUGUACACACCUGUCUUUUGAACUCUUGAUCUUUACAAUGCGCUAUUGAGCUUUCACACUCCUUAAUAAAGGCAGCUGUAAGAAAAAAAAAAA